AUGGACAAUCCCGGAACUGCCGAGUUCCUGUGCAGCCCUGAAGGCAUGGACAUCACUCUCGAUCCGCCAUCCGAGCCUCCUUUCUACCUCUCUCGCCAAACCUGGACUUCCGUUCGCUGCCAUCGCAAGGACAAUCCUAGCAAGAAGGCUUUUAUGCGGAUAUAUCUUCAAAUUCCUGUCAUUGGCACUCAAUAUCAGAGCCCUCAGAUUCGACGAAAGCAUUAA